AUGUACUGGGCGCCCCUCCUUUUCAGUCACCUGGCUGCGGCCGUCUUUUCUGAUAACCGCCAUUCAAGUGGCGUGCAGAUCAAUAAGACUGCAGACUCAUGUAUCAGCUCUCCUCAGCAAGUCGGAUGCAAGACUGAGUGGUUGAUCACAGAUCCCCGUUACCCCAGCGCAGUCUUACGCAUCAAGAAGGCAGACACCAAGCUCGGUACUGUCUGUGAAGGUGCCGGGAGCGGCUAUACAGGCUACCUCUCCUUUGACCAUAAUAAACGCCACAUCUACUUUGUCUUCUUCGAGUCUCAAUCCAAACCUCUCGAGGAUCCUGUUGCCAUCUGGAUGCAAGGAGGUCCUGGUGCAAGCAGUCUUCCCUUCGGUCUUCUCCUCGAAAAUGGGCCAUGCCUCAUCGACGGCAAAUCAACCAAAGCCAAUUCCUAUUCUUGGAACAAGUUUGCCAAUAUGAUCUAUGUGGAUCAACCCACGACUGCAGAUCCCCGGGACACUACCUCACAGGUAGCAGAUGACAUGGUCAUGUUGCUUCAUCUAUUCUACCAGGCCUUCCCGCAAAUGAAACAGAACCCACUUCACUUGACUGGGGAGUCCUAUGCAGGCAAGUGGAUCCCCGCACUGGCUCAAAAGGUGCUCGAUGCAAAUCAAAAAUAUGAAAAAAGCCAAAAAAGCCAGGAUCCAACGAUUUAUGAUUAUGCUUGCCUCAAACCCUAUCCCAUUGUCAAAAUUCUAGUCAAUGCAACAGCAUGCGCUAGCAUGUCAGCUGGGGCAACUCAUUGCAAAGCGUUGUGGGCAAAGUACACUCGCUUGGGUGGCAAAAAAGGGCGCGCCGCACGUCAGGACGUAGACGAGGCAAUCCAUUCAUGUUUGAACGAGCUGUAUACUGUCCUAUUCGACAGCGGAACGGACAUCUACCAAAUCAACCGUUAUUGUCCAGACAUGUCGGGAUUCUGCGAUGCAAAGGCUCCGCUAGCUGAACAGUAUUUGGAGCGUUCCGAUGUUGCAGCUGCGUUUGGGGCAGACCCCGGCGUUUUUCACGCAUUCAGUCACAAAAUCCUAGUCUCAAGCAUAGAGAGCGGAGAUGAGGGCCUCGACACCGGGCCGACUAUAGCAGGGCUUUUGGAUGCCGGCAUUCCUGUUCUGAUUUAUUCGGGCUUGUGGGAUGCUCGAAUCCCUUUCAUUGGCCUCGAAGCAGUCCUCGAUCAACUCGUCUGGUCUGGUGCAGCUGCUUUCAAGGCCGCUAAGAACGCUCCCGUCAAGUGGUCAGGCGGAGUGAAAUGGCGCGCGAAGAACUUGCUCUACGCACGAUUCGACAAGGCUGGCCAUGUCGUCCCCGAGGACGACCCAGCGAACGCUUUUCAGUUAUUGAAAGGCUGGUUCGAUUCAGUUCGAUGA